AUGGACCUACUGAACGGGCAGGCCAGCAGUGUCAAUGUUGCUGCUACCGCUUCGGAGAAAAGUAGCAGUUCUGAAUCAUUAAGUGACAAGGGUUCUGAAUUGAAGAAAAGCUUUGAUGCCGUGGUAUUUGAUAUUCUUAAGGUUACACCAGAAGAAUAUGCGGGUCAAAUAACGCUAAUGGAUGUCCCAGUAUUUAAAGCCAUUCAACCAGAUGAGCUUUCAAGUUGUGGAUGGAAUAAAAAAGAAAAAUAUAGUUCUGCACCAAAUGCAGUUGCCUUCACAAGAAGAUUUAAUCAUGUAAGCUUUUGGGUUGUUAGAGAGAUUCUUCAUGCUCAAACAUUAAAAAUUAGGGCAGAAGUUUUGAGCCACUAUAUUAAAACUGCAAAGAAACUGUACGAGCUAAACAACCUCCAUGCACUAAUGGCAGUGGUUUCUGGCUUACAGAGCGCCCCGAUUUUUAGGUUGACCAAAACAUGGGCGUUACUAAGUCGAAAAGACAAAACUACCUUUGAAAAAUUAGAAUAUGUAAUGAGUAAAGAAGAUAACUACAAAAGACUCAGAGACUAUAUAAGUAGCUUAAAGAUGACACCCUGCAUUCCCUAUUUAGGUAUCUAUUUGUCAGACUUAACUUACAUUGAUUCAGCAUACCCGUCAACUGGCAGCAUUCUAGAAAGUGAGCAGAGAUCAAAUUUGAUGAAUAACAUUCUUCGAAUAAUUUCUGAUUUACAGCAGUCUUGUGAAUAUGAUAUCCCCAUGUUGCCUCACGUCCAAAAAUAUCUGAACUCUGUUCAGUAUAUAGAAGAACUACAAAAGUUUGUGGAAGAUGAUAAUUACAAGCUUUCACUAAAGAUAGAACCAGGGACCAGCACGCCACGCUCUGCUGCCUCCAGGGAAGACUUAGUAGGUCCUGAAGUGGGAUCUCCACAGAGUGGGAGAAGUGUGGCAGCUGAAGGAGCCUUGUUACCACACACACUGCCAUCCCCUCGGAACCUGAUUCCACACGGACAUAGGAAGUGCCAUAGCCUGGGUUAUAAUUUCAUUCAUAAAAUGAACACAGCAGAGUUUAAGAGCGCAACAUUCCCAAAUGCAGGACCAACGCAUCUAUUAGAUGAUAGUGUCAUGGAGCCCCACGCACCAUCUCGAGGCCAAGCCGAAAGCUCCACUCUGUCUAGUGGAAUAUCAAUAGGUAGCAGUGAUGGUUCUGAACUAAGUGAAGAGACCUCAUGGCCUGCUUUUGAAAGUUCUGCAGAAUCAGAAGAUUUGGCAGUACAUUUAUAUCCAGGAGCUGUUACUAUUCAAGGUGUUCUCAAGAGAAAAACUUUGUUAAAGGAAGGCAAAAAGCCUACAGUAGCAUCUUGGACAAAAUAUUGGGCAGCUUUGUGUGGGACACAACUUUUUUACUACACUGCCAAAUCUCUAAAAGCUACAGAAAGAAAACAUUUCAAAUCCACAUCAAAUAAGAACGUGUCUGUAGUAGGAUGGAUGGUGAUGAUGGCUGAUGACCCAGAACAUCCUGACCUCUUCCUACUGACUGACUCUGAGAAAGGAAAUUCAUACAAGUUUCAAGCUGGCAAUAGGAUGAAUGCAAUGCUGUGGUUUAAGCAUUUGAGUGCUGCCUGCCAAAGUAACAAACAACAGGUUCCUACAAACUUGAUGACUUUUGAGUAA